GCAGUUUUCAGUUGGAAAAUCAGAGCCGUCUCGCGCGAGCCUCUACGGUGGUCAGUUCAGUCUUUAAGUUUUUUUUAAAAGAAAUGGAAGUGGAUCUUGUGCAUGGCAAAAAAACGUGGGUACCUCCUGUCGAUACGUUGACAUCAAUGGAAACAAAGGUGAAAAAAUCGAAGGAUGACCAAGAAAUGGAUAAGGCAAAAGCGAACUUAGAGCGCUGGAACAUGCAGGAACAAGAUGUCGUUGAUGACCCGAACAAGAAUAAAUCUCCCCAACAAAACAGACUAAUUCAAAUCACGAUUGACGACGAAGAAGCGCCUCAAGAGAACAAACUAAAUCAGGAAGAAGUGGUCGAAAUAAUAGGGUACAAGCCGCAAUCUCUGCUGCCCAAAGGAAUGAAAGUGCGGAAUAGUUGGAAAAGGGACAUUUUGAAAGAGUUGAUGCUCCAGUCGGCAGUGGUUUCUGCGAAUUUCGAGCCUGAAGAGCCUCCACCAGUAAUGGAAAUAACUGAGGAAAAUGAGGACAAUCCAGGUGGUGUGGCCGGAGAGGCCAGUUCUCAGACGACCCUGAACAACUUCUGGCCGAAAAUUCUGGAAGAGGUCAAACGACAAACGUUGGAUUUGAAACAGCAGGCACUUCCGUUGGCGCGCAUCAAGAAGAUCAUGAAGUUAGACGACGACGUGAAAAUGAUCAGUUCAGAGGCGCCGGUGCUAUUCGCCAAAGCGGCCGAGAUUUUCAUCCUGGAACUGACUUUGCGGGCCUGGGUGCACACGGAGGACAACAAGAGACGCACCCUGCAGCGCAACGAUAUUGCCAUGGCCAUCACCAAGUUUGACCAGUUUGACUUUUUGAUCGACAUUGUCCCCCGUGACGACAUCAAACCAGCCAAGCGCACAGACGAGACAGUCCGCACUUCAAUGAAUGCCGACCAGGUUCAGUACUACCUUCAACUGGCCCAGCAGCACCAGCAGGUACUCCAGCAGUCUACGCAGCCUGCCACCUCCACCGCAACCCAGCAACAACCUGCGCAGACCCAGAAUAUUCAGGUCACAACACAACAAGCACAACCACAAAUCAUCCAGUUGCAAGCGCCGUCGGUGCAAAAUCAGGCUCAGACUGCAACCCAAGGUGGAAUCCAGAUUGUCCAACAGAUCGUCACUCCGACUGGAGAAAUUCAGCAGAUUCCUAUUCAGCUGACGCCCUCUCAACUGGCAACCAUCAAAAUGCAAUUCCAAAGCAACGCAAGCCAGCCAGUCAUUAUUCAAACGGCUCCAAUUGCUGUCAACCAAUCCACCCCUCAGAUCAUCCAGGUCCGAUCUCCUUCCAACACGUAGGUCGUGGUUGAUGGAGUGGAAAACUUUUAAUUCCUAAAGACUUGGAAAUUCAACUGUAGGUAGAUCUAAACCGUAUUUUGUACCCAAAAUGUAUUUUGAGGAUUGUAGGAUUACAUUAAAUUAUAUUCGCAGUGAAAUCAGUUUUCUCUCCAAUUGUAAAUAUGAUAAGUUUAUGCUUGAGUUGGAAAUAAAACUCUGAGUGAGGUUUUAAGUUAAUAA